GUGACCAUCGAGGCUGUUGACCUGCGCACACGACCACCACCUGAAGGCCUCUUUCCUAUCGCCAACUAAUCCCACGCCCUUUGGCGGCACCUCGCUCUACCUGAUCAACCGGCCUCGAUCGAAUCACGAACAAUUCUAUCGACGACACUCCUACGAGUAGCAUUCACCCCAGCAAGUUCUUCGAGGGACUGUCACAGAGCACUACCCAAAGUCAACGUAGCAAUAACUUAAUAAGAAGAAGAUAGAAGAGGAGGAAUUGGGCCUGUACCCAUUCAGGGAGAGGAUAAAAUGCUCGACCCUCUACCGCCUCCGCCACCAUGGCUUGUGGCUCUGGCGAAGCCGUACUCGGACGCCCUCAACCUUCCGACAUUUGCCUAUCACAUCCACGAGGUUCUGUUUGCGUUUGUAUUGUACCAAGUCACUCAAAGUGUGAUCUCUCCAGUGCUGAGCAAUAUUCUGUUCCCGAACAUUUACCCGAAAUUGAACAGGCGCACGAGGAUCAAUUGGGAUGUGCAUGUUGUGAGUCUGGUGCAGAGUUGUUUGAUCAAUGGCCUUGCCCUGUGGGUGAUGAGCGUGGAUGAAGAGCGUAGGGAGAUGGGGAAAGAUCGCGGCGGCAAGGGUGCCGUGGAAAGAAUUUACGGAUACACAGGUGCCAGUGGCUUGAUUCAGGCUUUCGCUACCGGCUACUUUGUGUGGGAUAUCGUGGUCAGUACGCGAUACUUGAAAAUCUUUGGGAUUGGCAUAUGGAUGCAUGCCGUGACGGCUUUGGCUGUGUUCAGUUUGGGUUUUCGACCAUUCUGCAACUACUACGGCCCGGUAUUCAUUCUCUACGAAUUGUCGUCUCCAUUCUUGAACAUCCACUGGUUCUGCGACAAGCUUAACAUGACAGGGUCCAAGUUGCAAUGGUACAACGGCAUGCUGCUACUCGGCAUGUUUUUCUCGUGUCGGUUGAUAUGGGGCACCUACCAGUCUCUCCGAGUGUAUCAAGAUGUAUGGCAUGCGAUGCAUUUGAACGCAAAAGGCCAAACACCAUUCAUUCGCGAACUAGCCGAGUCCAGUGUUCCAGGCCACUCGAUCUUCGUGCCGAGGGACGGACAGAUGUGCGCUGGCGAUGUGUCUUGUAUACGAGCACAGAGUGAAGUGAUGAAGUUCACAGGACCAGAUACAUCGGCGGUCCCCAUCUGGCUCGCUGGUGUGUAUCUGGUGAGCAACCUUGUUUUGAACAGUUUGAAUUUCUAUUGGUUUGCGAAAAUGAUCGAAACCGUCCGAAAGAGGUUCCAAGGCAAGCCACAUGAUGAGUUUGCGAAUGAACGAGAUAAGCGACCGCAGAGAAAGACUAGUAUGGUGGAGCAGAUGGCCACCGAGUUGGACAAAGAGACACUGUCUGGACCAACGGAUGACGAGGAUGAAGAGAAAGAGCAGGUUUCCGGCACAAGUACGGCUGUACUUGUAGACGGACAAGUCAAGAAGAGAUGAGCACGAUGCUCAAGUGGGGGCUCCGACAGACCUCGAUGGAGAGUACAACUGUCAAUGCGGUAGAAGGGUUUUCAUUAAUUGGGACUGAUUUGAGAACGGUAGGCUGUGAAUGAGCGAGGUGUAUAGGUAUUCUUAGAAGUUGAAGUUUUGUUUCCUUGGCGAGCCAACACACUCC